AUGGUGCUCAGAAUUGGAUUCCUAGUUGGGUUUGGUUUUUUCAAGGUGGAUUUGGAUCCCGACUUACUUGGUUCGUACGAAUAUCCUGUGCUAGAGAUGAUACCAUCUCUCAUGAAUCAGUCAAUGGGCGAAAGUUCUCAUGGUGGAGAGGUCUAUGCUAAGUGUUAUGAUGAGAGGGGUCAGCCAAAUAAGCGAAAUAGCAAACAAGGUAACAAGGGGAAAUCAAAAUUUGAGGGAUAG